GGAAAUCUCGUUGCUGGGACCCAGUCAGUCGUUGCGAUGGUAGUCAACCAGACAAGCUGUCGACUGAUCCCUGUUGUAGCCCCCGGCGCAUACCCCUAGGUUUCUAGUUAUGUCUUUAGUUACAAUUCUCCCUUUGUGGUCUAUCGGUAGAUCCCAUCUUUUGACCGCUGGCGGUGAGAGAUCCGGCCACCGUUCGAGGCAGAGCUUUCCGCCGGUUGCCAUUCACCGGUUCUGGAGGCCAUGUCUCCACGUAUUAAGUUGGUUAUGACCCACUGACCCUGCCGAUUGUGUCUCCUCCCUCGACCCGCGGCUUUGUCUAUAAGCAGUAUACUGAUGAUGGAGUUGGAUUGGUUGAGCUCCAAGUCUCUCUCACUUCAUCAUGGAUUUAUUGAAGAGGGACAUUCGUUAUUGAGUAUUCUGUCAUUUCUUUGGUUAUUUUCUAUUGGAGAUAUACUAUUAUUUCUGUCCAUUAACAUGAGUUUGCUGUUUCCCUGAAAAAGAUUAUGUUAGGUCCACUCUGCAGUGAUAACAAAAAAUAGACCUCUACUUUUCAAUAAUGUAAUUUUCUGUUGUGUAUGGAUUUAUUAACAUGAUGUGAGAUUGCUUCUCUUCUUGGAAAAGGAAAAGACUGAAAGAAACUAAACAGACAUCAUGGAUGCGCAAGAGAACAAACACCCUAGGCUGUUGGCCGAGGCAUCCAUAAAUGACCAGCGUUUUUUGCUCAACUUCAUUAUGGGCACUUUCUUAGGUCCGGAUGUAAAAUCCGAUGUACCAAGGCGGUCAGCCUUUCAGAGAGUAGCGGAAGGUCUGCCACAGUACAGUUUGAAUGAUUUGGGUUCUUCAUUUGUUAAUCUUCCUCAAGUAGAGAACUUGUACUACUACAUCUUGAGGAAUGCACAUCCAAGUGCAGUCCUGAAACCACAUUCAUUAUACAUGUAUUUAAAUGGUAAGCUACCCUUGCCCAACUCAGGUUUACUUGAAGAUGCACGGCAGUUCACAUGUAUUUUUCCACUGAAUCUUCACGAGCAAACUUCGUACCGAGUAAAACAUAAGAUCUUCAAGGGGAUCAUUCUAAUCGAAAAUCCUGACACUUCAUAUAUUAAGUUAGAGGAUUUGGAAAGAUUCAGAUACUUAACUGGCAUAUAUGAUAUGAAGAUAAAUAGAGAAGAAUUGCAACAAUUCUGCCAUUGGUACAAUACAGAGAAGGAAAAAAGUGAAACAAACAACAUGGGAUCUUGGGAUGCGACAAUGACAAAAGAGGUCUCUAAUGGAAAUGCUCCUGGCUUUGCAAGGCAUGGAGAUGAAUGGAAAAAGAGGUGCCUUAAUGAUCCAUUUAAAAUGCAAGCACUGCCUCAGAUGGUUCCUACAUAUAUUCAUGGUCAGCAUCCGAUUGAAGAUGUUCCUGUUAGAACCUGCAGUUUAGAUGGGCCAUCCAUUUUAUCACUCACUUCCACUCCCAGUGUGGAACAGUGGAACUCUAAGAUACCUAUAGCUUUAACUGGAACAGCAAAAGAAGGGAGAGCUGGUCCACCUGUUGGUCUUGUUGACAUAGGAAUUAGCAGAGAUGCAUAUCUUUUCCGGGUUGCUUUACCUGGUGUCAAGAGAGAUCCAGGACAGUUCAGUUGUGAAAUUGAACAGGAUGGGAAGGUCCAUCUUCGAGGGGUGACAGUGACCGGUGAGAAAUCUAUAUUGAGGCAUUCACGUGUUUUCCAGAUGAAGACGCAGUCCCUGUGCCCACCUGGACCAUUUACAAUUUCGUUCAGUUUGCCAGGCCCUGUUGACCCAAGACUGUUUUUACCGGAAUUCAGAUCAGAUGGAAUUCUUGAAGCUGUUGUUAUGAAAUACAGAGUACUAAAUGCUCAGUUUCCCAGCUGAUUGUUGUCCCCAUCUGUGGUAUCAAGCUGCUGAACUAAUUAUCAUACAUACAUAUUCAUAUGCAAUCAGAUAAUUUGGAUGUCAUAUUUGGGGAAAACUGACGCCAGAGUAAACAUAAGUUUUGAACCAAGCCCGAGGAAGCUGACCAGGAUUUAGGAGAGGUAAUUCCUUAUCUGUUUAUGUGUUUUAUUAUUUUGUGGGUUACUAUCAAUCCAAUUUUGUAAAUUACCAUGUACUUCUCUGUGUAGAUAUCUCCAUAUUUAAUAUGGAGACUCUUUAACUUGAAAGUUUAGUGUAGUAUGUUUUUGGAAUUUUUUAGGAUCCUCUCACACAUCUAUGCAUGCAUGUGCAUAGAGAUUGCCACAGACACAAAACUUAUUUACACAAUAAAUUGAAGGCUUGUGACCAAAUUAAGGAACUA